AGUCACUGCAGACCCGAGAACGUAGGCGGAAGGGUGCUCUGUGCGCAGGCGCGAGCGCGGCCGCAAGUCACAACAAAGAGGAAAGCCGGGACUGCGACUAUGCUCCGCCCGCUGCCGGGUGUGGGAGGUGGGCGGCCAGCAGGGACUACAUCUCCCAGGGAGCACUGCGCGCCGCGCCGCCUCCUGGGGCUUGUAGUGUCUCUGGCCGCCUUCCCUCACGCCGCGGAGCUUGGGGGUGUGGCGGCUCCCGAGCACUGUCCCGCUCAUCUGUGGCUGGGGGAGGCUGUUCGCGGGUAGCAACGGGCAACGCCGAGGAGCCGGAGCGUUUCCCCGUUGCGCAUUGUGGGAGUUGUAGUUCUUCGGGGAGCCUCCGGCGGUUGCGGAGCGCGGGAAAGCAGCGCGGCUCGAACUACCGUUACCGGUCGCCGUUGCGGGGAUCCGGUGUGCGGGGCAGCGCCUGGCUGUCUCCACGCGCUUCGCCUGGCCGGGAGCCCUGCGGGCGGCGGCAGUGUCCGGCGCGGAAGGCCUCCUCAUGCGGGCGCCCCGCGGGGAGCCCGCCCUGCAGGAGUCCCUGGAGUGGUACCAGAGGCGCCUCCGAGUUUCCAUGCCAUUCUGGGAAACAUGGACUUCUGCCUUUUUCCAUGCUGUGGAAAGAUAAGACUAAUUCCAUAGAUCCAGGAGUGCCUCUCGAGCGUGCUAGUGAAAGUAUCCAUCAACUGAAAUACGCUUUAGACGAAAGACAGUUUGCAACGGGUGAAGGUGAAGCUGGAUUUGACCAGUCCUGUGUGGACAGGGGAGACGACGAGAGAGAGAAUUCAGCCUGGCAGGAACUGCAGCACAGUCAUGCAGUUAAUCAACUUAAAACUUUGUUGCAACAUCAGGAAAGAAUGGAAAGUGAAGCCUCCCCAUCGAGGAGAAAGUCAUUCUCUAAACCCCCAGAAGCUGUAACUGAAGAUUUACCUGCUGUUUCUGAUCUGGUUCCUAUAAUUAACGAUCAGUCCCAGUACAUUAACCACUUAGAAGCAGAAGUGAAGUUCUGCAAGGAGGAAUUGUCUGGGAUGAAAGAUCGAAUACAAGUAGUUGCUCUUGAAAAUGAGGAACUCCAUCAGAAACUGAAAUUUUUAACUGCAGAACACACAUUGAGAGAACAAACUCUUCUAGAUGCCUCAGCAAAUGCUCAGAACUCCUGGCCUGUAGAUGGUAAUGACUGUAGUGUAUAUCACCCCAUCACCUCUUCACCAGCAUGUACCAAAAAGCAGGCUUUCGCCUCAGCAGCUGUUGGAGGUGCAGAAAAAUGGCAUUUAGAACUGGAUAAACUGAAACUUCUUUAUCAAGAAAAAGCCAAUAUCCUUGAGGCUCAAAUACAGUCUCUACGAAAAGACCUUUCAGAAUCUCAGAAGACAUGCCAAGAUUUGGAAGGAAGACUAAAACACCAGAAGUCACUCAUUUCAACCACAGAUUCCAGCUGGGUUGGUGGUCUGUGUCUGAAAUGUGCACAACAUGGGGCUGUUCUUGCACAGACUCAUUCUAGUGUUCAUAUGCAGACUAUCGAGAGGAUAACAAAAGAAAGAGAUGACUUAAUGGAUGCACUUGUUUCAGUGAGACGAAACCUGAGAGACAUGCAGCAAAGAGAGUCUAAUGCUUAUGAGCAAGUGAAGCAAGCUGUGCAAAUGGCAGAGGAGGCCAAUUUAGAAAAAACAAAGGCUUUAGUCCAGUGUGAGCAGCUGAAAAGUGAGAUGGAACGGCAGAAGAGUCGUCUUGAACGGGAAUUAGUUGCCCAGCUAGACAAGAGGACUGAUGAAAAAGAAGCACUGCGGGAAAAAGUAAAGAAAGAAAGGGAGGACUUGACAACAAUGGUGACAGCCAUGUCUGAGAAUGUGGCCACACUGGAGGCUCAGGUAGAGAGAAUAACAAGGGAGAAGAACUCACUAGCUAACCAGUUAGAAGAAACGCAGCAUCAACUUUCAUCUCUUGAAAUGGAGAUGAAUAAGGUGUGUGGAGAAAUGCGCUAUCAGUUGAAUCAAACCAAAAUGAAGAAGGAUGAGGCAGAAAAGGAGCUCAGAGAGUACAGAACAAAAACUAUAAGGGAGCUUGAAAUUAAGGACCAGAAAAUAGAAAAACUGGGAUUAGAGCUGCAUGGAAACAAACAGCGUUUGGAACAAGCCCAGCAGGAUGUGACAGGAGCCAGAGAGGAGUGCCUAAAACUGACAGAACUGCUGAGUAAAUCUGAGCACCAACUGCACCUCACCAGAUUGGAGAAAGAGAGCAUUCAGCACAGCAUCAGCAGUGAAGCAAAGGCCCGAGCCCUUCAGGCCCAGCAAAGAGAGCAGGAGCUGACACAGAAGAUGCAGCAAAUGGAGGCCCAGCAUGAGAAAACUGUAAAUGAACUGGAUUCGUUGCUGACCUCCCACAACACGUUCAUAGCAAAAUUAAAGGAAGAAUGUUGUAUGUUGGCAAGAAAGUUGGAGCAAAUAUCAGAAAAAUACAGAUCUGAAGUCAACCAGCUUAGUCAGGAAAAAGAGUAUCUUCAUGGCAGAUUGGAGAAGAUGCAGAAAAGGAAUGAUGAAUUGGAGCAACAAUGUAUCCAGCAUGGGAGAAUGCAUGAGAGGAUGAAGUCAAGGCUGUACCAGCUUGACAAGCACUGCCAGGCCACUGCCCAGCAGCUAGUGGAGUUACUCAACAAACAGAAUCAGCUCUUCAAAGAGAAGCAGAUGCUUACGGAAGAGGUGCGGUUUCUGCGAACACAGGAAAAAAAAUGGGAUGCAGAUCUCAAACAAGACACAGAUGGAAUCAAGUAAAAACCUGGAUGGAUAGAGAAAUGAGCAGAAGAAGGCUCUGCUUGCUGGAAGGGGUUGCUGGCCAGCUGAGGUGGUGAAAGCACAGACUAACUGACAGACUAUGGACCUUGGGGAUUAGCUCCAACUAGGUCUGUCGGCGUAUGCUGCUACUCUGCCUCCUCCCAUGAAGACCUCCUCGUGCAAGCUAGCCUGUGUCCUUGGCAGGCAUCCGCGAUCUCCCCAGGCUCUCUGUAUUGCUGUGCCAUUGAAACUGUCUCCUCCCUCCUUACAGAUGUCCUAUUUUUCAGUAAAUGUAUCUGUGAGCAGACCACUCUUUUUCUAAACAGAACUUAUAUAUACUCACCCUUUACUGUAUUCCCAUCCUCACCCCUCUAGCUGCUUAGUGCGAGGGCCUGCCAAAGUGACAGGCGUUCCUGAGCUGUGAGUCCAUUUGUUCUCUUACCUGAGCAUGAAUUUUCAGUGGGUUCCCAGCCACAAAUGCAAUGCUUGAAGUUCUCCCAAAUGCCCCAUUCGUGCUUUUUUUUUUUCCAUUAAAUGUUACAGAAAGGUAGUGUUCUGUCCAGAAAGUGAGCAGCUGCUCCAUCUUUAGUGUUAGAAGUGAUUCAGGCUGAUCCUUAGCAGGCUCUCAACUGUUCUUCAGCAGAACUGAGGGCUGCUUCAGUUAUUUAUUAGUGAGAUGCAGUGUAGUCUUAAUGCAAGAAAUGGUGCUUCUGCCAGUUGUUUGUAACAGCCAGUGACAUUUCCACAGACAGUUACUACAGCAGGUGAAAAGCAGGACUUUGUUACUCAUUAGGUGGCGUUUAGUCAGGGAUGGUAUGUGUUAAAAGCCAACUCUGAAUGGAAGCGAUGCAGUUAGAGCUGCGUUUGAUACAAGGCUGCAUGGGAACGCUUCAGUGCUGCAGCACCCACCAUUGAGGUCUUUAGCUGCUGUGAAGCCUGCUGCUGUCGGUGGGUCCAACUGAGGACUUGGGCGACUAAGCCACCUGAAUGUUUUCUUACCAAACAGAACAGGAGUCUAGUGGUUCCCCUCUCCUCCAUUAUAAAUAUGUUUGACAGUGAUUAAAAUGUUCAGGUUUCAAUGGUUUUACUACUUACAGAAGCUUUAAUCUGCACAUAUGAGAAUAUCUGACCACAGAAUUAAAACAUAUGCCACUGAGGCGAGGGGGUGUAGGGCGAACUCCAGCAAUCUGUGCUGCAGAGGUAUGCUCACUGAAUAUUGAAGUAUCAGGAGGAAGAGAAACGUUAAGACUGAAAAGGCCCUUGCCUCUGAAUAGCCAGUGGCCAGAUCAUUCAGCAAUUACCUGGACAUUAGGAGUAACAGAUUCAUGUUCCUUUAAUUAGAGAACUGAUCCCACUUCUCAAAUGACUGCUUUAGCAUGCAGACUAUUGUGUAGUUGGGCACACUAAGACUUUGCCAGUAUUUGUGCUUUUUUUUAAGCAAGUGAUGCCCUGCUGUAGUCAGCUGGAGAAAUGCCUGCUGCAGCAAUCAAGCUGGGGUUCAGCAUCUUGCAAAUCAUUAAUGUUGGGUGACUGUGGUGAUAAAAAGAAAUAUAGGCACCCUGGAAGCUUUAAGGGUAGAAAUACUGAUACCAACUGUUUUAUGUGCAUACACGUAGAGCUAAUGAAAAGCUUUUUUGCUGCGAGGUAGCAAAUGCUCAGGUAGACUGACAAGAAGGAAAGAUGGCAGCUAUAUGUAACAGUAUAAAAUCUCAGGGGUCAAAGUGUUCUGAAGGCCAUGGUACAAAGUGCUACUGUCUGAAAAGGGGUACCUAAAAGGAAUAUAUAGCCAUACCUCAGGUUAUAGCUGGGCAUGUUAGUUUUAGUAUUUGGUGGAGACAGAAUUGUGCUAAUGUGCUGGGCUAUCAGUGGGACCGCCACAAGCUGCUUGUUGGAGGAAUGGGUGGAUUGAGGACAUUUUAAACCACAACAGCAACAAUUGCCAGGAUAGUUCCUCAGGAGCUGAUAUUUCUUUCGUCUUUUAAUUCUUCUCUCUGUACUCUAGUGCUGGCCUUGCAUACAGGGUUAAUGCAGCAUGGAGCAAGUUUCCUCUCACCCUCACUAACCAGUCACAGAUACUGAAUUUAACCCCCAGUCCUUCUGUGGACAUUUUUUCUUGCACUGUGCUGGGGAACUGCAACUGUAGCAACUGAUGGGAGAUGCUGGUGCAUGUAUUUUGGGGAAAGAAGCACCAUAUUACUGUCUUUAAUUCAUUAAUAAACUGCAGCUUCGUAAAUUCUCCUCAUUUAACUCAGCUCUAAUUACCUUAUAUAAACUAAAACAAACAAACAAGCAAACAAAUGCUGUAGUCCUCUAAUGCAAAACCAGCCAAAUUAGAAAGUUUAUUUUUAGUUCUGAGGCCAUUUACCUCUCUAAAUUCAAAUUUUAAAACUCCACUUGCUUAAAUCUAGGUAGCUACCCCAGCUCCAAUAGCAUUUAAUGCUUCAUUCUUAAUUUAAGUCCUGAAGUGCUACUGAGGAAGCACAAACAAUAGCUAUGCAAGAGGUUAAAAAUGGCAAAUUAGCUUUCCCACCAGAGGUUUCUUAACAGCACACAGACAGCUUCCUGUUUUCAUACAGCUGCCCACCCUGGCUGCAGUCUGCACAGCUCACAGUAAACAGUCUCUGGCACAAACCUGCCUCCUCUUUCCUGGAAAGGAGAAGGGGCAGGAUCUUAGACGUGCCCCAAACAAGAGCUCAGUUAUUUACUGCUAAGCACAAGCAAUGUCUAAAGCUCAUGGAGAUGUUGUUUUUCAGAUAUCAGAUAGCUCUUGUUCUUGCUACCUGUAAGAUUUUCUGAUCUUAGAAAGCAGCAAGGACAGCAGGGCUACAGGAAGUGCUGGCUUUUGCAAGAGUGCUUGUUUACCCAGCAGGACCCCAUUCUUAACCGCUUAUGUCCUUCCUUUCUAAGAACUCACCUCCAGGCCGAAGUGACACAAAUCAGAAAUGCAGGCAACUCUACAGACUACAGACGACUACUUCUCUAUCUUUAUCUUUCAGUUUUCCUCUGUACCGAUCUGAAACUUGGCCUUGUUGGAAGCUCACCCAAAGCAACAUUUGCAGCAGAGAGACACACUUGCUAAUUUCAGCUGAUUUGUAGUCG